AUGGCUUUCUACCCUAGUAUGUUCCAGUUUCUUUUCCCCUUGAUCUGGUGUUCCAUUCUGAUAUGUCUCUCUUCAGGAUUCCCCACUGAAGAAUCCGUUCUCCCUUCAAAAGGAGAACAAGAGUUUGGAAUAUUCCGACAAUGGAUGAAGGAGUAUGGGAAAAAAUACCCAAACUCUGAAACCGCCGAAACCAGAUACCAGAUAUUCCGCAAGAAUCUCAAGUAUAUCGAAGAGACAAAUGCCAAGAGAUCUGGGUAUCGUUUGGGACUCAACCAUUUUGCUGAUAUGAGUUCUGAGGAGUUUAAGAGAGUAUACCUCCGUCAUCUACCGACACCGAACACGAACAACUCUGCCGCCGCGAGGUCCGAUUUUGUACUGCAAGUGGACUCCUGUACACCGCCUGCUUCUGUGGAUUGGAGACAGAGAGGAGUGGUGACUCCAGUUAAAAACCAAAAGAGAUGUGGAAGUUGCUGGGCGUUUGGAACCAUCGGAGCUAUUGAGUCAAUAAACGCAAUACGCACAGGGGAACUUGUUUCUCUCUCAGAGCAAGAACUCGUAGAUUGCGACUCUGUAAGCGAUGGUUGUUCAGGUGGAUACACCAAAAGUGCCUUUGAAUGGGUUAUAAAAAAUGGUGGAAUUAGUGAAGGAGAUGAUUAUCCUUAUACAGCUCGAAAUGGUAUUUGCAAAGCUAGCAAGCAAAAUGGAGGCAGAGUGGUGAAAAUUAACAGCUAUGGGAAAGUGCCUAAAUCAGAUGCGGCUCUCUUAUGUGCCGCUGCUCGGCAGCCUGUUACGGUGUCGUUGGAUGCAACAUUUCUUCAACACUAUCGGGAUGGAAUUUUCGAUGGAGGGAAUUGCGAAAAGGAUUCAACUUACACGAAUCAUGCAGUUUUGAUUGUUGGAUAUGGUUCAAAAGAUGGAAAAGAUUAUUGGAUUGUUAAGAAUUCAUGGGGAGAAAAUUGGGGAAUGGACGGAUACUUCUUGAUGAAGAGGAAUACAGACUCACCAAGUGGAGUUUGUUCUAUCAAUACCAAGGCUUACUUCCCCUCUAUAUAGGCUUCUGCAUUAGCUGCCAAAUCUAUAGUCAAUCUCCCAGUUUCAUAUUGUGAUUAACUCAAGUCGGUAUUAUAAAGUUUAAAGAAGAAGUCAAGAAGUAUUAAUUAACUAUAUAUAGUAAAAUAUGCUAUUUUUAUUUAGAUUUGUUAUCAUGCAAUUAUAAUAAUUACAGUCAAUUUAGAUUUGCACCUGAUUGGUGAUCUU